CUUUAACUUCUAUCUAUUGUAAUGAUCGUGUAGGCUUUGUAAUCCCGCAUAAAAAUCGAUGCGUAGAAUGAAUUUUGAUAAAAAAGAACAAGGCGUGAAUUCUUACCUGACGGCGUCCGAAGUGGACGUUGUUCUGUUCAGCCAAUCAACGGCAGCGCAGCAAUGUGAUAAAGACAGGCAAUGCAGCUGCUUCUCCUACAGCCUGCCCUGCCUACAGAAGCUGGCCAACGUGAAAAUGUUUACGGCGCUGUGCAGUCUGACAUUGUUUGUACAGUCAGCUCUGACCAGUGGCUAUACGUGCGCGGUGUUGACUACGAUCGAGAAGAAGUUCGAGAUGCGCAGCGUGUCCAUGGGACUGGUCGUCAGUGCUUAUGAAGCUGGUAAUCUCCUGACGAUACUCUUUGUGGGCUACUACGGAUGCCGACAGCGCAUUCCCGCCUGGCUGGGUUUCGGAUCAUUGCUGAUGAGCACCGGCAGCGCAAUCAUGCUGGUCCCGCACCUUAUCAAGAUCCACUACUACCGCACUGGUUACGUCAAUACCCACACCCACGAGUUUAACUGGCACGUCUGCCCUGCCACCAGCAUCCCGUGCGAGAAAGGUCAUCUGGCGGAUCUGCCCGACCCUCACUGGCUGUACAGCGCCAUCUUCGUCGCAGCGCAGUUCCUCUGCGGCAUCGGUAUGGGUCCGAUGGUCUCAUUGGGAGCCACAUAUAUUGACGAUCACGUGCUGCACCGGGAGGCGGCUACCUUUUACCUGUCCUUCGUGUACGCUGGAGCGGCGCUAGGUCCAGUGUUCGGAUACGCUCUCGGGGCCCUGACAUUAACCUUUGACAUUGAACAUUUUCUGUCGGAUGAUCCACACAAUAUGUCCAUGGAUAUGGAGAGCUGGAGCGGGGCAUGGUGGGGCGGUUAUUUGCUAUUUGCCGUUGUUCUGCUGCAGGUCAGCUGGAUGAUGUGUCUGUUUCCAAAGACCCUGCCCAGUGGACGUCACAACGACGCUCCGGGUGAGAACGGCGUGACCAGUUGCUCCUUACGGGGCAUGGGCGAGGAAGCGGUGAACAUUAUACGCAACAAGUACUUUCUGUUAAUCAAUUCCGCCGCCGGCUUUCAGUGCGCAAUUGUCGGUGGAUUCUGUCUAUUUCUGCCAAAAUACAUUGAAAGCCAGUUUUACGUCAGUAAAUCGGUGGCAGGGCUUCUGACCGGCGGGGUUGCAGUCCCAGCAGCCACCAUGGGAAUCGUCUGCGGCGGUUGGGUCACGCGGCGAUGGGCUAUGACUCCGCUGGCCACCUCCAAGCAUAUCGCUCGCGUGGCUGUGGGUACCGUAGUAGCCUUUGCGCCGCUCUUUUUCAUUCAUUGCUCUCCGGAUCCACCCAUCGGAAUCGGCAUCACCCUCCGCAACGUCACCUUAAUGCUCCCCGAAUUCCUCCCGGAGCGGGGCUUCGAUCUGGUGGAGCAAAGCGCCUGCAUGCACCGAUGUAAUUGCUCCCCAAAACUGUUCCAACCUGUUUGCGAUACGGAGAAACAAACCAGCUACAGCUCUCCAUGCAUAGCCGGAUGUCGACGCACCAACCACACCUUCCUGGACUGCGCCUGCUCCUCGACGAAAAUUGUCCAUGAGGGUCUCUGUGGGAUGAAAUGCCUGACAACCCUCGUGAUCUUCUCCGUUGUCAUUUUCUGCAUCGCCUUCCUGGCGGGGAAUACGCACCUUCCGGUGGUCUUCCUAACGAUGCGGGCCGUGCCUUCCGACAGUAAGUCCUUGGCGUUGGCGCUACAGAUGGUUUGCUUCCGGUUGUUGGCAUACGUUCCGGCACCCAUGCUGUUUGGGUCACUGAUCGAUCUGACCUGUGUGUUGUGGGCGGAAACGACGUGCGAGGAAGACACCGGAAGUGGGUCCUGCUUGUUUUACGACCUGGACGCUUUUCACCGGAACUAUGCGUGCGUAGCCUUCGCACUGCAGGUGGUCAGCACGUGCUUCUUCUGGCUGAACUAUUACGUGAUGAAGCGGGAUCCGCAGCUGAAUGUCGAAGUCUGCGCCGAAGAUGAGGACAGCCGCAAAGAGCUGCGGGCGCGGAUCUCCACCGCAGUGGCGCUACAGCCCAUGAAAGGGGCGCUAAUCGGGCUCUCGAUAACCGGAUCAUCGUUUGUCAAACGUGUGUUACCGCUUGAGGAACCAUUUGCUUCUGCGAUGUUCACAAUUUUCAAGUAUUUGUUAGUACUAUAUACAUGCAUAUACACUAUACACAAGUAUUAUUGAAUAUGUUGCUUGAAACCACAAAAAGCGCGAAAUUGAAACUUUGAUAU